AUGAAAACAAGCACAGAAUAUGAUCCUAUUGCGUAUAAACCCCCCAAUAAUUAUUUAGAUAAGCUAGCACCCGAAAUUAAAGUAGAAAUUAUACUCCACUUGAGUACACCUAUACCGCUUGCUCAGUGUUCGCGUGCUUGGCACACCACAGUAAACUCUCCUGUUACAAAGUCCAAGUGGCUGAUCAGCAGAUUUGGUAAAACGCAUGCAUUAUUUCAUGCAGUAAGAAUGGGCGAGCCAUUCAUUAAUGUUGAUGUCGUCGAACGUCUAUUUGCCCAAAAAGCCCACAUAAGCCGAUACUUUAUUCAACGAGUAAUGCUUGGAUUUGGCAAGUAUGACAGCAGGCUUAUUGAUCUCAAAUUGGCACACAACAUAAGACCGAGCAAAAUCCGGAGCCCGUGGGCGAGCAAUCUUUCCUUUGAUGUUUUUUCUCGGAUUCUCAAAGAGGGACAUGACCGAUUUGACGGAAACGACAUUCCGGUGCGCGGAAAUGACAUGGAGUUAUUUUAUUAUCUCUCAGCUGGUCCGCUAGUUAUUAGCGAAGCAAGAAAAAGGCUGGAAGAGAACAUAAACGAAAUCGAAAGGUUGAUCACAACGUUUAGAUUUGCGCCAUUUCCUCCUAGGCCAAAAAUCCGAAAGCACAAUAUAGGGAACACAGAAUCACGUCCUGUUAACUUCAAUGAUUAUCCGCCUACUGAUGGUUACGAAAAUGUUCGCCGACUAAAUGUCAUUGCGCGAGCCAUACUUUUGCAUCCCAAAUUAGUUAAUGUCUGGAAAAAAAACGAUUAUUAUGAAAUAGUCGACGAUGUAAAUGAUCUUGUCAUGCAAGGCUCGUUAUUAAUUCUUUAUCCCCCCACCCCAACAGCCGGUUGGGUUAAACCCGGUUUAGAUCAAGUUGUUAAACAACUAAAUGAUCUGCAAAACAUUGGAUUCAAACUAACAGAUGG